GGCGGCGCCGCCCAAACUAGUACUGCUCACUUUCUCUCUCCUCUCUCUGUCGUAAUGCCUCUCAAAUCAGACGGCUCUCUCUGCAUUAUCGACGCCCCCCUCUCCACAUCUCAUUCUCAAGGUGUGAGGAUGGGAGGAAGCUGUUCGUCGUCACCGAAGCUGGAAGAUUUCUUGGGUGGUACAACAAUGGCGACUCAUCCGUACGGAAUCAUCCAUCCAAAUCCAAGGGUUUAUAAUAAUAACCAUAACCAAGAUUCCUUCAGACAGCAGCACUAUUAUUAUUCUUCUUCUGACCUCAACUACAACAACAACAACAACAACAACAACAACAACGACGUCGUUUACCAAACAACCAACGACGAACCACCAACUGCAAUGAUAAUGCCCAACGACAACGGUAAUGAAAUCCCAUGUUUUAAAACGUGGGUUUAUGAUAAUCACGACCACCACCAUGCAUUUCAACACCACCACAACCACCAGCUGGUUCAUUAUAAUAAUAAUAAUACGGCGGUGUCGGAAAAUAGAGGAACAGCAACAACAAUGGGAGCAGGGUGUGGUGGCGAUUUACAUAGUUUAACAUUGUCGAUGAGUCCUGGCUCACAGACAAGCAGCAGCAGCUGUGUAAACCUCACUGCUGACACCACCCACUGUGUGUCCAUUGUCCAACAAAAUAAUAUUAUUAAUAAAAAGAGAGGGUCUUCUGAGAAAUUAAUGGCGCAGAAGCAAACUGUUCAUCACAGGAAAUCUAUCGACACUUUUGGCCAAAGAACUUCUCAGUUUAGAGGUGUCACAAGACACAGGUGGACUGGUAGGUAUGAAGCUCACCUGUGGGAUAACAGUUGCAAGAAAGAGGGGCAGACUAGAAAAGGGAGACAAGUCUAUCUUGGAGGGUAUGAUAUGGAAGAGAAAGCUGCAAGAGCAUAUGAUCUUGCUGCUCUCAAGUAUUGGGGCCCUUCUACUCAUAUUAAUUUUCCGUUGGAAAGCUACCAUCAAGAACUCGAGGAAAUGAAGAACAUGAGCCGACAAGAACACGUCGCUCAUUUGAGAAGGAAAAGCAGUGGAUUUUCUAGAGGCGCUUCCAUAUACAGAGGUGUUACAAGGCAUCAUCAGCACGGAAGAUGGCAAGCUCGGAUCGGUCGUGUUGCAGGCAACAAAGAUCUCUACCUCGGAACUUUCAGCACACAGGAAGAAGCAGCCGAAGCCUACGACAUAGCAGCAAUCAAAUUCCGCGGUGCAAAUGCCGUCACAAACUUCGACAUAUCAAGAUACCACGUCGACAAAAUCAUGUCAAGCAACACUCUGCCCACCGCUGACGUGGCGAGACGGAUAAAAGAGGCGGACCCCACAAUAGUCCAUCAAGUGGACGAAAACAACAACGACGUCGGAAGUGGAAGUUCGUCUUGUGAUUGGAAAAUGGUGCCACAUGGCAUAAUUGAAAACUAUCAUCAGAAUAUUAAUAAUAAUACUAAUAAUCCUUUCUCGGGGGGCCUGCAUGAUUUGAUGAUCGGUAUGGGUUCGAGCCAAACGAAGAAUAACGCAAUGGGGGCGCCGAAUUUGUCGAAUGCAUCCUCGUUGGUUACAAGCUUGAGCAGCUCAAGAGAAGGUAGCCCUGAUAAAUACACUUCUUGGAUUUCAAGCGAUAAGCUAAAGCCGGUUCUACUCACUAAUAAGGCUCACUUGCCGGUUUUUGCUAAUUGGAACGAUGCCUAAAUUAAAUGUUCGUUUUUUUUUUUUUUUUUUUGCUUAGCCUUUUGUGUAAUGGAGGGACAAGGGUGGGAUCCAGUUAUCUUUUGUUUUUGUAACUAAGUGCUUGAAAACUUUUUUCCAAGCUCAAAAUUCCCUUUUUUUGCUCAUAUUCGGGAUCAAGAUUCCGCAAAAUGGAGGGAAUUUUAUGAGGGGGGUCUAUCUCUCAUGAUUAAAUUCUUGUGAAUGAUUGACUCUGCAUUAUAUAUUUUGCUUUAACACU